CCAAGACAUGCAAGCCUACGUGUUGCGUUUCCCCCCCCUUCCCCUGAAGGAUGCCCACUCUGAGCGAUCCAACAGCGGUUGACGCUAUUGAUACAAUCAACGAUUUGCCAAAAGGUGUCUCCUGUCGUGCCCGUAACGACCUUGAGAGGAGAUUACUGAGGAAGCUUGAUUUGCGUAUGUCCAUACUACUGAUUUUACAAACCUGAAUCUAGUUGACAGAUCCAAUAUUAGGUGUGUUACAUACUGUUGUACUUGUAUUAAUCUUAUGACAUCUACAGCAACGCUCGGUUACAAGGUUUUGAGAAAGGACCUGCACUUGCAUGGGCAACAAUAUGCCACGACUUUGUCCAUCCUAUAUGUUGGAUAUAUUGUCAUGCAAGUGCCAGGGAACAUGUUCCUGCACUGGCUGGAGAAGCCUUCUGUCAUCAUUCCGUCCUGUAUGUUAGCAUGGGGUACAAUAUCAGUAUUAACAGGGAUCACAACGAAUUAUACUGGGAUUGUUGUCGCCCGCUUCUUUCUUGGCUUUGCCGAAGCGCCCUUCUUCCCCGGUAUUAUAUUUCUUGUAUCUAAAUGGUACAAGCGGGACGAACUCGCCUUGAGAAUAACUCUCGUUUCUUGUGGAAGUUUUCUCAGCUCUGCAUUCGGAUCCCUGUUUGCAUCUGCUAUACUUCACAGCAUGCAGGACAAACUUGGUCAAGCUGCAUGGAGAUGGUUAUUCUUUAUUGAAGGCGGCAUCACCAUCUUGGUCGCAAUUUGCGCGAUAUUCACACUCCCUGAUUUCCCGCACAACACCAGGUGGAUCACUCCGGAGGAAAGAGCACUUGUCAUCUCUCGCCUCGCAAAAGAUGGCAAUGGUAAGGCUGACGAGCUUGGGAGCAGACGACCAUGCGAGGACUGCAGGAUGCUGUAUCUGACUGGAAGGUGUGGUGGUUUGCAGUUGCUGCCAUGUUCCAGGUAGUGGGGCAGUCUUUCUUCGCUUACUUCCCAACGCUGUGCGCGACACUUGGAUACGAUACGACUGUAACAUUGUUGCUUUGUGCUCCUCCGUGGGUGUUCGCGGGUAUGGUCGGAUUUAUUCUUACAUGGUACUCUGACAAGAAGCAGAGGCGUUACAAAUGCUUUGUUGUUACCAAUGCAUUCGGCGCCCUUGCAUUCAUCAUAUCGAUCUUUACGAUGAACA